AUGCCCAACUUUGACUUUCUCCGAUCCGUCGGCGCCACCAAGGAGGCCGUCGCCGUGCUCAACGACCAGCCCAACCUCUUCACCAACCUCAUCGUCGUCCUCAUCGGCCUCGGCGUCCAGGGCGGCCUGCUGUGGUACAUCCACUACGCCACGCUCAAGCCGGAGCAGAAGAAGAAGAAGGAGAAGAAGGGCGGUGCCGCCGCCGCGGGCGGUCGCGGAAGGGAUAAUGCUAGGAAAUAG